AAUAAAAGUUAAAUUUUCCCCGACAACCUUUCGCUUAUUUCCACUCCUCCUGCGUGCAAAACAAGUCCUCACUUCAGUUGCCGCAGGAGAUCGAUUUCUUUCUCAAAGAAAGAUAGCAAAAGAAGAUUCGUAAUUUUCAGAUGGGAGAGGGAAAAGGGUCGACUCUGGUUCACCUUCUAGUGGUGGUUCUGUGUCUGGUUGCCUUUGGGUUCGCCAUUGCUGCUGAAAGACGCAGAAGCACUUUGUUGUGAUGUGCAAAGGUAGAGAAUUUGGCUACAACCUUUUUGACGAGGGUAGAGAAGAGUCUCGAAGUUGUGACCUGGCAGCUGGGCUGCUUCCUAGCUAAUUGGUUAAAUUUGACUAAAAUGAGUUACUUGAAAUUAGCAAACGGCGAGAAAACCUGUAUAUUUGUGUUGGUAUGAAAUACUGUGACUUGAACUGAAGUUGGUAUGAAGACAUUGGGUUUUGACAACGAGUGAAGUUGUGAUGGCUGAUAAUGUGAAGGAUUAUUCUAAAAUAAGUGGUUGAAAAAAGUUUUAGUUUUGUGGACUUGUUAGUAACCGAUGUAACAUGAACAAUUUGUCCUUGGGAAACUAUGUUGUUGCUCUGCCAUAGUCUUUUAUUAUCUUCUUGAGCUUUCGUCCCUACAAACAGCAUCACAUUAAGUAUCACUGAUAGGAAGAUCAACCGUUGAAGUUAUCAAAUUGUUUUUACUUUAAGCUGUAACUCGUUUUUCCCUUUCCUUAAUCAAUGUGGUCACUACUCACUAGGCUUUCUGCAUCAGAACUAGAUGAUGGCGGUAAAUGAGUUGGGUGGCCUUGUUGUGAUUCCCAAAAUUAUUUUAGUGAUCGUAACAAGGCCAAAUGCUUUGGUGACAUCAUACACCAUGUAAUCAAGUUUGAUUUGGUUUUAUAGUGGAUAUUUAUCUGCUCUGAAAUUGAUCCCACUAUAUUAAGAUAUGUGUGUGCAAUUGGAACUCUAAAUUUGAGGCAUAACCUUUUAGUUUCUUGAUUUAGCAUUUAUAUUAUCUUAAUCCUGAAAAUGGUUGAACUCUAGCAUGAAUCAUUGAUGGACUACUAAGAGUCACUUGAAAUUGUGUUCCUGUGUCAUGAAUUUCCUGAUGGAUACCUUAGGCUCUUGCUCCUGGUAAACAAACACUACACUACCAGAAGGGAACUGUAACAAUUUGAAUAUGCAAAUAUAGAAUUUCUUGUCACCACUUUGUUGAUUUGUCUUCAGUGAACUGGAAGAUGGAAGUAGCUUGCAGUUCACUGUACUUGCUUUCAAGAAGUUCUAGAAAACAGCAUUUAGGCUCAACAAUUAGUGCUUUUUCAGGAACAGCAAAUCCGCAUAAGAAAACAGUGAUCUUGUUUGAUAUGGCAGUGUGCAGGCAGGUUUAACUUGGGGUGAAAGCCUGUAUUGGUCAGACAGGGGUUGCAUUGGUCCCCUUCCAGUUGACAAUGAAUAGCACUGGCCAUAUUGAAAAAGAUGCAACAAACGCUACAUACUGUGUCUACAACUCUGAUGUUGCAACUGGUUAUGGAGUGGGCGCUUUCUUAUUUCUUCUUUCAAGUGAAUCACUAUUGAUGGGUGUCACAAGAUGCAUGUGUUUUGGGAGAUCACUAGCCCCUGGUGGAGAUCGAGCUUGGUCCAUCAUAUAUUUUGUUUCAUCAUGGGCGACUUUUCUGGUGGCAGAAGCAUGUUUAAUUGCAGGUGCACAGAAAAAUGCCUAUCAUACCAAGUAUGUUGGGAUGAUCUAUGCUCAAAACUUUGCCUGUGAAACAUUGCGGAAAGGUGUUUUUAUUGCUGGAGCAGUGUUUGUGGUGGCAACAAUGAUUCUGAAUGUAUACUACUACAUGUAUUUCUCCAAGGCUACUGCCACCAAGGCAGCUCUCAAAACAAAUCGUACAAGUUCUGUUGGGAUGACUGGCUAUGCUUAGAAUCAAGAACAUGACUAGAUAGCUGAGUUUUGAUCCUGAUGUUUUGAGUCUGUUGGCGAUUCUAUUGUGCAAGUGUGCUGAUAUACAUUGCGUUUUUCUGGCAACAUAUAAGCGUGGUUAUGAAUGUUACCAUCAUUUGAAAGGAUUGUGAAAAGUUUAAACUAAAAAACAUGAAACAUCAACUCUCGUAAUUAAGAGAAUUAGGUUAUCUGAAUCCCAUUAAAUCUAUGGCCUGUCCAUGUUUCUAGUUCAUUUUAGCCUAUUUUAUUUGGUUUUACAAGCUGUUAUGUGCACGAGACUAGUUGCAAACCAGGUGCUUUGAUUGUAAUGUUUGAAUUUAUUAGAUUUCUUUUGCCAUGGUUGGUUGAA